AGAGUAACAUUUGGCCGAUCCAAACAUAGCCUAAAGCUCGGGUACGGUGUUCAAUGACGAAAAUCGUUUACGAUUUCGAGUAUGACGUUGACGAACACUAAUCAGUUCAGGCAUCUCGUAUCAGACUCAAUGAAGAAUCUCGAAUCUCCUUGUAGAAUCUGAUUCUGAUGCUAUAAAAUAAAUCAUUGGUCUGUCCCUGUUACUAAUAGACAUGUGCAUGGAGAAGCCGACUAAAGGAAGUUCACGAGGGCCAUGAGUUUCAUCAACAGAGUCUCCACAUUGGGUUGAAAACUUAGCAACUUCUGUUGAAGUAUAAAAAAUAGGCCGUGUUGGGUUUUUUCCUUAAAUACAACAUCUGUAUUCCUUUUAAUUCCUUCCAUCACUUCCAACAUCUGGAAUGGGAAAACAGAAGCUAAGUGUGAAAGAAGUUGACCAUUCUGAUAGCCCCAAAACAGUUCACUUGUGGUUCUUUUUUGUAGCUACAUGCAUCAAAUUUCUCCUUUUCCCAUCCUACCGUAGUACAGACUUUGAGGUGCAUCGCAACUGGCUGGCUCUGACCCACUCCCUCCCUCUUUCCAGUUGGUACUUUGAUGAGACAAGUCCAUGGACUCUUGAUUACCCACCAUUCUUUGCCUAUUUUGAAUGCUUCCUAUCCAUUUUUGCUCACCUCAUUGAUCCCAAAAUAGUGGACCUUCAGGGGGGGGUGAAUUAUAGCUCAAACACGGUGGUUUAUUUCCAAAGGGUUACUGUAAUACUUGCUGAUUUGUCUCUUCUUUAUGGGGUUUACAGACUUACUCGGAAUCUGGAUUCAAGAAAGCAAAAGUUGAUCUGUUCAUUGAUUAUUUGGUCACCAAUGCUAUUUAUAGUGGACCAUGUGCAUUUUCAGUAUAAUGGAUUUCUCAUUGGGAUUUUGUUGAUUUCACUUUCAUAUUUGGAGGAAGAAAGGGAUUUGUUAGGUGGGUUUGCUUUUGCUGUUCUCUUGUGCUUUAAGCAUUUAUUUGCAGUUGCAGCUCCUCUUUAUUUUGUCUAUCUGUUGAGACACUACUGUUGGGGCGGAAUGGUAAGAGGCUUCAGUCGACUUUUAAUCAUGGGAGGAGUGGUUGCUGCAGUGUUUGCAUCCGCAUUUGGGCCUUUUUUCCACCUCGGACAGAUUCAACAAGUCAUCCAACGGUUGUUUCCAUUUGGCAGGGGGCUUUGCCAUGCAUACUGGGCCCCAAAUUUUUGGGUAUUCUAUAUAAUGUCAGACAAAGGGCUUGCUUUCAUAUUUAGAAACCUUGGGUUUAAUAUCCAGACACCUGCAGCUUCAUUCACUGCUGGGCUAGUAGGGGAUUCCUCACCAUUUUCUGUACUACCACAGAUCACCCCAGUCGUGACCUUUAUAAUGGUUCUUCUUGCCUUAUCUCCUUGUCUUUUCAAGGCUUGGAAGAAUCCACAGCCACAGAUGAUUAGUAGAUGGAUAGCCUAUGCUUAUACCUGUGGUUUUCUUUUUGGAUGGCAUGUGCAUGAGAAGGCAUCACUCCAUUUUGUAAUACCACUUGCCAUUGUUGCAGCCCAAACUCUGGAGGAUGCAAGGCAUUACUUUUUGCUGUCAAUAGUAUCCUGCUAUUCAAUUUUCCCCCUACUAUUUGAGGCUCGAGAGUAUCCAAUCAAAGUUCUGUUGCUGCUUCUGCACUCGAUUUUGAUGUGGUCAGGCUUUUCAGUGCAAUUUUAUGAUGGGGCCGAAACAACAAGUGUGCCAACUGCUCAUUCAAAUAAAAAAGUUGAUCAAUUUGGAUCAGAAAGUAAUUCGAGUUCAGCUGUGAGAAAAGGUUUUUCUAUUGGCUGGAUUGAGAGGAUAUAUCUGGUAGGUCUUGUAGUUGUAGAGAUAUGGGGCCAAUUUUUACACCCUCUACUUAUGGGUGAUAAGCUUGCAUUUGCACCCCUCAUGUUGAUCUCCGUAUACUGUGCUUUUGGGAUCAUGUACUCUUGGAUUUGGCAGUUGAGAUCCAUUGUUAAAUCUCUUUAAAUUUUGGACUGUUUGCAGUUGCAUAGGAUUUUCUUUUUAUGAACUUUAGAUGCGGAAUUUCAAGAGUCAACCCUCAAUUUAUUUUUCUUUUUAAAUUAAAACGGGGUGUUUGACAUGGAUAUUAUUAAACUAUAGUUG